AAGCACGUCAAUCGAUGACAUUUAUUGUUCAAAAAUAAAUUUUAAAAUAUUUGUAAUAUUUGCUGCAGAAAUUUAUUAAAAGAAUAUUAUCAUACAACGAAUCAAAAUAGACUUGAGAGAAAUUUAAAAGACUUAAGUGGAAAACCUGAAAUGAAAGUGAAGGUUAUUCAUGUUUUCGUUAAUUUAUUCACCAACUAAGACAUUCGGUUAAUAUAGCAAAAAAAAAAAGGUUUUAAUAAACACAAGUAUACGAAAUUAAUUCUAUUAUACCUCAAGCGAUGUUCUGUUAUCUCUUUAAGCUAGAAAUAUUUAAUUUUUAUUGAAAACUAGUUUUUUUUAUUGAAAGUUUAUCAAAAUGAAUUGCUUACUUAUAAUUACAUUGAUAACAUUAUUUAAAUUGGAAUUUGGUAUAGGAGAAUAUAUUCCACCUGGACCAAGAUAUAGAUGCCCCGAAAAAAGUAAUAGUAUAUAUCCAUGUAAAUGUCUCAAAGGAUCGGAUAAAGGAUUAUUUGUACGCUGUGACAAUAGUAAUUUAGCUAGUCUUACUGUAAGUCUAAAUAAUAUUGCAAAUUUAAAAUUGCCUGUAGAGAAUUUAACAAUUUCCAAUGGAAAUUUUGAAAGUCUUUUUGGGCCAAUAUUUUUUAAAAUUAAAGCUAGAGUAUUGAACAUAAUUUCCACACCAAUAAAAAACAUUGAAAAACAUGCAUUUUUUGGGAUCAAUGAAACUCUUCAGGAAUUACAUAUUAUUGGAACACAUAUAAAGGAAUUUCCUGCCGAAGCAUUUAAAGUUCUUGGAAAUUUAACAGUUUUAAAUAUUGAUAAUCAUAAUAUUGAAACGCUAAAAACUGAUAUUUUAUUUGAAAGUUUACUUGUUAACCGUUUGGAAAAAUUUCAUUUUAUCAAUGGUUUACUAGAAGAAUUUCCGUUUGAAGCAUUUCAAGCAUUUCGAAAACUUAAAACUUUAGAUUUACAUGGAAAUAACUUAUCUGCUUUGAAACGUAAUCAGUUUAAAAAUUUACGAGAAUUAGAAGUAUUAGAUUUGAGUUAUAAUAAUAUAACAACAUUAGAGUCAUAUCAUAUAGCUGAUUUAACAAAAUUAAUUUGGUGUAAUGUUUCUCAUAAUGCUAUAAAACAAUUAAGUCGGGGUGCUUUUGCCAGAAACACUGUAUUAAAAGUAUUAAAUAUGUCUUACAACAAUAUUACACGUCUUGAUGCUAACAGUUUUCGUGGAAUGAGAUUUUUAAGGCGUCUCUAUAUGAGUGAUAAUCAAAUAUCGGAUGUUGGACGUGGUACUUUUGGUUCAAUUACGCGGAUUGGUACGAUUGAUUUAGCUAGAAAUUUAAUAACAAAAAUUGAUUACCAAAUGUUUGCCCAAUUGAAUUAUAUUGAAGUAAUUAAUGUUGCUGAAAAUAAAAUUACGGAAAUACAAAAGCAAUCAUUUAAAGAUUUAUAUUUAACGAAAAUUAAUAUAUCACAUAAUGAGGUAAGCACAAUUGAAAAUUUCGCUUUUGAGAAUUGUGCUAAUAUGACAUUACUAGAUUUGUCGUAUAAUAAUUUAACUGGAAUUGAUAGUAAUGUGUUUGAUUCAACAACUUAUGCAACCGAGUUACAACUUUCAUAUAAUUACUUUACAGAUAUGGCUGGAAUACCUUUGCAUAAUAUGACCGGGAUAAAAAUUUUGAAUGCAACACAUAAUUUUAUUGAAACUAUACCAAAAAAUACUUUUCCAAAAUUAUAUGAACUUCAUACAAUCGAUUUAUCUUAUAACAAAUUAAAUUCAAUAUCAAAUGCUGUAUUCCAAAAUUUAUUUUCUUUGCGUUUUUUGAAUUUAAGUUACAACGAAAUGGAAGAAAUAAAAUCACCAACAUUUGGUACAUUAUCGACCCUCUUAGAGUUAAAUUUGAGUCAUAAUAAAUUAAGAAGUAUUGCUAGAGGUGGUAUGGCAAAAUUAACAAGUUUACGUAAUUUCUACUUAAAUAACAAUGAACUUGAAAAAUUAUUUCAAAUACCGAUAUCAUUAACACAUCUUGAUUUAAGGUUUAAUCAGAUCAAGGAGAUACCAGAAAAUACAUGGCCUCGAAUGAAUUCUUUAUUGUACUUGGAUUUAAGUCACAAUAAUAUUGGAGAUAAUAUAAAAUCAGAUAGUUUCACUAGCUUAUUAACAUUACAAACAUUAAGAUUAAAUAGCAACGGCAUAACUAAGACAUUUUAUAAUAAAUUAAGUGACUUGACAACAUUACAAUAUUUAUAUUUGGAAUAUAACAAUAUCACACAUUUAGAUAAUUCAGCGUUUGGUAAAUUACCAGUUUUAUUUGAAAUAAAUUUAUCGUAUAAUCAAAUUCAUAAUAUUAGUAAUAAUGCAUUUAAUGGUUUAUUACAACUCUUAAAACUAAAUUUAUCCUCGAACUCUCUGCGUACGAUAUCAAAUAAUGCAUUUGAGGGUUUGGUUUCAUUACGUGACUUAGAUUUGUCAUAUAAUUUAUUGGAAGGUUUGCAUAAUAAAUCCAAAAGUUUGCUAGAACAUUGUUUAAGCUUAGAACGUCUGAAUGUUAGCCAUAAUCGAAUCAAUCUUGUAAAUCGUAAAACAUUCCCUUCAGAUCCAUAUAUUCCAUAUAAAUUAAAUCAUGUUGAUUUGAGUUAUAAUAAAAUCCCAAUUUUAACAUUUGAUUUAACGUAUGGUACCAGAAAGUUGAAAUAUCUUAAUAUCUCAAAUAAUUUAAUAUUAGAUAUACGGAAAUAUAUUAUUGGAAAUUUAACUUCACUGGAAAUUUUAGAUUUAUCUAAUAAUCGUAUUGAAGAUUUAGUAACAGAACAUGGUUUUGAGAAAUUACCAAGAAAUUUAACUCAAAUUUAUUUACAAAAUAAUGAAAUUUUUAAUAUUCCAUUUAAUGAAUUCGAAAAUCUUACUCAGCUUCAAAUACUUAAUUUAGAAAGUAAUAAAUUGAAAACUUUCCCCCAACAAUUAAUUGAUAAAUUAAAUGAUAAUGGAACUUUCAUUUAUUAUGAAAAAAAUCCAAUUAAUUGUGAUUGUAAACUAAGACCUCUACAACAUUUUAUAUUGAAAAAAUUUGAGAAUAGUAAACCAUUAUUAAAUAUAGAAUGUGAAUCACCCCAACAUUUAACAAUGACCAAAUUAAAAGAUAUUUCUGAUGAACAAUUACAAUGUAUUGGUGAAAACGUUCAAAAUAGUGAUAAUAAUACAAAUGAUAAACAAAUGGAAAAUGAUUAUUCACUCCUAACUGAUAUAGAAUUUCGUGAAAUAUUUUAUCAUCAAAGCAAAGUUACCAUUAGAUGGUAUGUAACUUCAACUCGAGAUGUUUCUGGCUUUUAUGUUAGUUUACGUAAUGAAAAUAAUGAAAUCUUCUUCGAUCAACAUUUAAUUUAUGAUAAAAGAUUUAUUGAAAUUCCAGCUGAUAUUAUUAAUGAAGCAUAUUUAUCGUCAAGCAUUUUAGAAAUAUGUGUUUUAACAAAGAAUAGUUUAAAUGUAAUUGGACAAUGGUUCGAUUCGCAAUGUAUUAAAAUUCCAAAAGAUUUUAAGAAAACAUUGAAUAUAUCCGAUGGACAAUUUAUAAUUGCAAAAAAAAAUAACAAAAAUAUUAAUGAUAGAAAGAAUAGCAAAUUAAGGAAUAAAAGUAGUGGUGCUAAUAAAGCUAAUAUAAUUGAUAUUUCCAUUUAUAUUAGUAUUUUGAUCUUAAACUUUUUAUUUAUAAUCUUUUAAUAAUUAUGUACCUUGUUUUAUGUACAAUAAUAUAAAAAAAAAAUUAAUUUUAAGUUGCCAAAUAUUAAUAUGCUUAAUAUUUAUUUCAUUUAAAAAAAUAUUUUAUUUUAUUUAUUUUGAAAAUUUGUAACAGAAGUGUAGAAUUAUUAAAGUUCGAAU